AUUCGCAAUCUCUCGAAAUUGUUUUGAAUAUCUGAUGAGGACGGGAGUAGAAACGAUUUGAUCAUUGUCUUUAUUUUUAUACGCGAUCUAGUUAUAAACAGACAUGUUAUCAACAAUUUGAGUAUUUGUAUUAUUUCGAGUGAACAGUAAACUUCGAAAUGUUUUUAAAUUCAAUUGGAUAGUCUUCAUCUCCAGUUUUUUUCAAUAUUUGCUGAUAGUUAGGUUGCAACUUUUAGUGAUUUGUGUUCUGUGAUAUUUUUUUUAUAUUUCUUUCGAAAUGGCUCCAAGAGAGAAAAAAAAUGGGGCCGCAUCUUCUUCUCUUGGGUACGAUUAUGAGGACAAAGGGAAAGAACAAAAGCAUGGGCUCCCUGAAAAAAUCUUUUCCCACAGAGAAUCUGUUUUAACAUUUCUCUUCGAAAAUCCCCACGUGAAAACGAUUCAUCAUAUAGCAAUAGUUCUUUUCUUAGGGAUGUGCUUCAUCACUUUUCUUAGACACUACUUGGAGAAUAAUGAAGUUACUUCUGGUUUCCGUUUGAUAUCCGCAGGCUUCAGAGGAUUCCACAUAUCGAUACUUUUAUGGUUAUUCAUUUAUUUAUUAGUGUGCUGUAUAUAUUUUUGUUUCUUGACAUGGGUUAAGUUACGGGCAGUUUUUUCACCCAAUUCUACUGCCAGGAAAAUAUGUGAUAUAUCAACAACGAUCUCACUUUUCGGUUAUUAUGUCUUCUCUUUCGUAUUUGCCAGCAGAGUUGUAUAUUUUUUCGACUUACCCACUGGAUCGGCUGCCAUUAUUUUAGUUGAACAAACAAGAUUACUGAUGAAAGUGCAUGCUUUUGUGAGAAGUAACGCACCGAAAGUUUUACAAUUCAAGGAAAAAUCCGAUCAAAUAUUGGUUUUGCCAACUUUUCGACAUUAUGUCUUCUUUACAUGGAUACCAACAUUAGUUUAUAGGGAUGCAUAUCCUAGAACUGCCACAACAAAUUGGAAAAAGGCGGCGGAAUAUGCAUCAGAAAUUCUGGCUGUGGUGCUCUUCUAUUCGUUUUACCUGGAAAGAUUUGCGAUUCCACUGUUCCAGGAUUUCGGCAUAAAGAGUUUUUCCCGUUCCAAGUUGUUGCUGGUUUACUUGGAAACAGUUUUUCCGGGCAUCAUGUUCCUAGUGGUAACUUUCUACCUAAUCCUACAUCUGGUACAGAACCUUUUCGCCGAAUUGCUGCGUUUCGGAGACAGGAUGUUCUACAAGGACUGGUGGACUGCCACGGAUUUUCCCACCUAUUACAGAAAAUGGAACGUGGUUGUACACGACUGGCUUUACGCCUACAUUUAUAAAGACUGUUGCGAAAAUUUGUUACCUGGUAGUAAGAAUAUCGCGAAAUAUGUAACAUUUUUUGUGUCUUCAGUGGUGCACGAAUGGAUUUUAUCGAAUAUGUUGGGAUAUUUUAUGCCGAUAAUGUUCAUUCAGUUCUUCGGCGUGGGAACCAUCUUGACUUACAUAAAGUUUCCACAAAACGCAUUUUUCAACAUGAUGUUUUGGCUGUCACUGGCCCUCGGUUCUGGACUUAUCAUAACGGGGUAUGGUUUGGAAUUUUACGCCAGAUUUAAUGGCGUACCUUCAACCACUGGAAGUUUUGAUUUUUAUAUACCCAGAAUUCUAACUUGUGAUUAUUGUUACUCCGAUUGAUGUUGUUUUUAUGCAAUAAAUUUUAUACUUGAA